ACCCCCGACCAAAAACAAGCCAGAAAAUAAAAUAGACACACCGCAGAGAAUGCUCUAUUUCAGUGUCCAAAACUCCUUCCCUUUUUUCAUUUCCUUUUCGAUUUCAUCAUUUGUUUCUGAGACACCCUUUCUUGAAUCACUGCACCCUUUUUCCCUCUCUCUCAGAAAAUAAAGUUUUUUUUUCCAAGUGAGGAUGUUAAAAUGAAAGGAAUAAUAGCAUUGCACACGCUUUUGCCAUUUCUUCUAUUUUCUGCCAUUUUACCACUCCCUUUCUCAGCUCAACCCCGCAACGCCAAGAAGCCCAAAACCCCAUAUUCUGAUAAUAAUCAUCAUCGCCUUUCCUCCUCUGCUGUUUUCAAACUUCAGGGAAAUGUGUACCCUCUUGGGCAUUACACAGUGUCUCUCAACAUUGGCUAUCCCCCCAAGCUUUAUGACCUUGACAUUGACUCGGGUAGUGACCUUACUUGGGUUCAGUGUGAUGCACCAUGUAAAGGUUGCACCAAGCCUCGCGAUCAACUUUAUAAACCCAAUCACAACCUUGUGCAAUGUGUGGACCAGUUGUGUUCUGAAGUGCACUUAUCAAUGGCCUAUAAUUGUCCUUCCCCAGAUGACCCAUGUGACUAUGAGGUUGAGUAUGCAGAUCAUGGAUCAUCUCUGGGUGUGCUAGUCCGGGAUUACAUUCCUUUUCAAUUCACCAAUGGCUCUGUGGUGCGCCCUAGGGUAGCCUUUGGGUGCGGAUAUGAUCAAAAGUAUUCUGGUUCUAACUCCCCACCUGCUACGUCAGGAGUCCUUGGCCUUGGGAAUGGCAGAGCAAGCAUUUUGUCUCAGCUUCAUUCUUUGGGUCUGAUCCGCAAUGUUGUUGGCCACUGCCUAAGUGCACAAGGAGGAGGGUUUUUAUUCUUCGGAGAUGAUUUCAUUCCCUCUUCAGGAAUUGUUUGGACAUCCAUGUUGUCGAGUUCUUCGGAAAAACACUACAGCUCAGGACCAGCAGAACUGGUUUUCAAUGGAAAGGCUACUGCUGUUAAGGGUCUUGAACUUAUCUUCGAUAGUGGGAGCUCUUACACAUACUUCAACUCACAAGCCUAUCAAGCUGUUGUUGAUUUAGUAACUAAAGAUUUAAAGGGAAAACAGUUGAAAAGAGCAACUGAUGACCCAUCACUUCCAAUUUGUUGGAAGGGUGCAAAGUCUUUCGAAUCGUUAAGUGAUGUCAAGAAAUAUUUCAAGCCCCUAGCAUUGAGCUUCAAAAAAAUCAUGAAUUUGCAGAUGCACCUACCACCAGAAUCUUACCUUAUUAUCACUAAACAUGGCAAUGUCUGCUUGGGGAUUCUAGAUGGCACUGAAGUAGGACUAGAAAAUCUGAACAUAAUAGGAGACAUCACUUUACAAGAUAAAAUGGUGAUUUAUGACAACGAGAAACAGCAGAUUGGAUGGGUUUCUUCAAAUUGUGAUAGGCUUCCCAAUGUGGAUCGUGAUUUGGAAGGUGAUUUUCCACACCCAUAUGCAACAAAUUUGGGUAUCUUUGGGGACCGUUGCCCUGCAUCAUAUGAAGAAACAGGCUGUGAAUGAAUUGCUAGGGAAGGAGGGUGCUUGGAUGUACAUUAAAUAGCAUGUAUAAUUCCAUAUAGUACAACAUAUAUAUACAUAGAUAUUUUUGUCACCUUACAAUAUUUUAUGCUUCAUAAGCUACAUUUUGUGAAUUUGUAAAUGAUAACUUCCAAACGAUACAAGCUACAGUUACUGAUCCUUGCUUGAGAAAAAAUCAUGAAGCUGAGGGGCCUCAAUUCCCAUCAGUAGCAAGUAGUUAUUCGCCUAAACUAACUGAUUGGCCUUCACUGCUUCCAUGCACCAGCACAAGGAUGAUUGAGAGAAGAUUGCCAGUAUUUUGUGAAGUUACAAAGUAUAAUGUACCUGAAAUAAUAGUGCAUAUUAAGUUAAAAGACCCUGGAUUAGGUACAUAAUUUCAUGACUGUACUUUUAGGAAUUGAUACCAACUUCAGAAACCCCGUGUACGACAGUCACAGCAGCCAACAGCAUGAUGCUACAAGUUUUGAUUUGCAUACUGCAAGUUGUAAAAUGUAAAAUAACAUUAAUCAGUCAUGACAGUUUGUUCGCAAGAGAUUAUAAUAUUAGGCAGAAUAUAACAGACACGCAGGUAUGCUGGUCAAAGUUGAAUAAGAAAAAAGGAUAGCAUGUGCA